ACCAUUCGCCUUCGGGAAUACUGUACCUCGACCCAUCUCAAAUAUUUCACGGUGCAGAAUAAGGGCGAAUGUACCAAGAAACAACGCUACCAACCCGAUGGUAAUGAAUUUGAGGGUUCUAUUUGCAGUCACGCUUCCCCCAUAGUGCCAGUGAGAGUAUCCCACGGCAAACACAGAGUGAACUGAACAGUGCUAGUGACUAGUAUUAUCUGCUGCUGCUGGUUGGUUGGCUCCGGAGUGAGUGCAAAAAUCGCGUGAAGGACGUGGAGAAAAAAAGGAUUCGACGAAAUCUAUGUUCUUUUCACAUAUCUUCUAAAUUUAAGCUAAUUGUGAUAUCAGUUAUUCUGCCACAAACCAACAAACUCUCGAGCACUCUGUGUUGGAGGAUGUGCGUGAAUAUAGCUUCAAAACGGGUACCAGAAUGAGCUCAGUGAAAAAUUUUCGCAGUGGCGUAUUCAUACUGGGGUGUGUUUAUUUUAGCCAGCUCAGCCAUUUUGGAAAAUGGGGUUUCUUCGAGUUAUCAGAAUUCGUCGAGCUGAGGAAUUUUGUGAUUUUUUAGUCAAUAAUGUGACGAAAAGUUAGGCUAGACGAAAUUUACAUUGGUGUUAAGUAGUAUAAUUAUUCCAAACAAAGAAAAAAUGAGCAGAAGUCGUCGUUCUUCGUUCGGACAUAAUCACUAUCAGCAGCAAUUCACUGUCACUUCGACCAUCAACUGUAGCGAUGGAUUGUGUGAUAGUGGAGCAAGUGUUUCUCAGAAUGGUGCUCCGUCUCCAUCAAGAUUCAGUGAUUCAUCCUAUUCGAACCUUGGGACGCGUCUGACGGCUUUCGUUACCCCUCCUAGUAGUGAAUGUUAUCGCAAUAAUGAAAAUUUGCGACCCUGUUGUGUUGCUACGCCGUCCCCGGCAACAGCUCCAUCGAACGAUCGAUAUUCCACCAGCUCCGCUCCUACGUCUAUCAUUGCUUAUCCUGAUAACAGGAAUGCACCCCAUCAUCGUUCGAUGUCACCUAGUUCCAGAACUCGCUAUCCUGUCCCGGAAAGGUUUCGUGAUCCCCCACCUCCCAAAACGGACCAGUUUGGGAAUUAUUUAAUCAACAAUCCCCCACUGAUGACGAACUCCGAAAGCUACAAUUAUCUGACGUCUUCUGUACAUACACCUGUUAAGCGUUACAUUCCGACGCCACCACCGCCAGAGAAUUAUCAGCAAGAUAUGGGAUUAGGCCCUUCUUUAAUGGCCGGAUUGAUAGCAUCCAAAGGAGGAAUUAACAUUAUCAAUCAGGCGGCUUCGAGAGCAUCCGUCGUUACGACACUACCCUAUCGACUCAAGGUAGAAUCAAAAGCUUCGCAAGUACAACAAUUAGGUGGAGAUACGACCGAUCAUUACGCUACACCGCCACGUGCGAGACCUGUGAAAUGUUCACAACCGCUGUGUACUUUUACCCAAUCUCGACAACUCUGCCCAGCAGUUGCUACGGAUUACACAAUAUUACGUACCCCGACUCCCGUAAGUAUAAUGAGCGAGCCAAUGAACUCAACAAGUGAGGAGAACUGCUACCAUUGUAAUAGCCUACGAAGAGCCACUGGUGUGCACCAAACUACCCAAACGUCCGGUCCAAUCAGCCCUCAACCGUUGUCCAUUUCUUCAGUAUCUAUGUCCGAAAUGGAACGCCAAUCUCCGAUUACCCCACCAUCGUUAGUGUCGCACACUUCCUAUUCCCACCAACACCCGUUAGUUGCGCCAGGGGAUGAUGGUCGUAAUGGUUCUUCCCUCAUUAUCUCCCAGUCGCAUACCCUCAAUAGCUCCUGCAGCAAUCCAUCCAUCAUUAUCCAGUACCAGCAGCAGCAUUUCCAGCACCAACAGAUCCAACAGCAGCCUCUUUAUCAACAACUCCAACAAUUGCAGCAACAGCACGUGCAGCAGCAAAUUCUACCAUUACAGCAGCUUCCUCCACCUAGAUUGCAGCCAGACUCUACGCCGUCGACUCUCCAGCGCAACACGCAACAAAUUCGGACACGUCUCUCGCACAAGCAACGCAUCAAAGAAUACAUUCGUCGCAGCACUUCACAGUUUUUCGGAGUAGAUGUACUGAACGAAGAGUACGAGCAGCAGAAAUGGGAAGAUCGACAAAAGCGACUAGCAGUACGGCGUUUCGGUCCUUUAAAGGAAGAUGCAGUUGUGAGUCGGGUAAACGAGGUACAUGUCGACGUGUUGAAUGAUCACAGCGAUCGGCCGGACAUACUGCCGGCACAAAGUCAGGACGAACCCGAAACGGAACAGAAUCGUCGCCAAAGAUUCAAUCCUUAUUAUCGUCAUGAUGGCACCGAUGGUUUUCAGAUUGAGCGAAAAUCCUCCGUCUCGCAGAUGGUAGCGGAAGGUUUUGUCUUCGUUGUGCAGAGCUUGCGGAACCGUAUUCCGCGCAAACAGAAGCAAUGGUCCAGAAGUUUUGCGCCGGCUCACGUAGCUCUAAAUAAUGACGACAACGAUUUGUGUGAUGGAUUGACACCGAUUCAGGACGAUGAGCUGUUUUUUGAUAUUCCCACACUCGCUAAUCAACAUCAGGUGGAGCAGGAUAAUGGGGUGGAAAACAGUAGACAGAUCUAUCUGAUGGAUCCAAAUCGGGCCGUCAUUAGUAAUGGCUGGCUCACACGAUCGGCGGAGAUUCAGUUACAACAGCAACAGCAGCAGCAGCGAUCGGCUCGGAGCAGAAAUGCUCUGUAUCAGUAUUACGGUCAGCGAAUAACCGGACAUAUACUCGACAGUGCCUUGGACAAUUCGAGGCGGCCAUCCAGCCACUGCAUUAAACUAUUGAGGCCAAAUUCACUAGAUGAUCGGUACGACUAUCGACCAUUCUUCACGUACUGGAUAAACACCACACAGGUGCUUGUGCUGCUAUUAACGCUCCUAUGUUACGGAAUUGGACCGAUAGGUAUUGGAUACGAGCAGAAGAGUGGACAGGUUCUGGUUACGAGCUUGAAUCUUCAAACGGUGCAACACUACGAGCAACGUAGUCUCUGGAUAGGACUAAGGAGAGAUGAUUUAGUUCACUUAGGGGCCAAGUAUGCGGCCUGCAUGCGAAGGGACACUAAGGUGAUGGAAUUGAUUUCGAAAACUCGCAAGCAAGAGCGUGAAACGGCCUGUUGUAUACGAAAUGACGACUCCGGAUGUGUUCAAAGCUCGCAGGCAGAUUGCUCUGUUCGAGGACUGUGGCCAACAACCAUUUCGACGUGGAAGAAGUGGUCACCGGGAGACUCCGGUCCAGGUGGACGGAUAUCGGGCAGUGUUUGUGGCUUAGAUCCAAAGUAUUGUGAAGCUCCGGCUUCAGUGGCACCACACGAGUGGCCAGAUGACAUAACCAAAUGGCCAAUCUGUAGAAAAAAUAAUCAAAUUUCUCAGAAAUUUCGGUUCAAGGAUCACACGGCGGAGCACAUGGUGUGUGAGGUUAUCGGUCAUCCUUGUUGUGUAGGGAUCUCUGGAGAGUGUCGCAUAACUACCCGAGAAUAUUGUGACUUUGUUAGAGGAUAUUUUCAUGAAGAAGCUUCGCUUUGCUCACAGGUUUCCUGUCUCAACGACGUAUGUGGAAUGUUCCCGUUUAUCGCCACUGAUAUUCCGGAUCAGUUUUAUAGGCUCUUCACAUCGCUCUACCUCCAUGCGGGUAUAGUGCACAUCAUGCUUACACUUGCCUUCCAGUAUAUCCUCCUGUCGGACUUGGAGCGACUGCUGGGAUCGCUCCGGACCGCUAUUUUGUACAUCGGUUCCGGCAUAGCGGGGAAUCUGACAAGCGCAAUCUUUGCGCCGUACCGACCAGAGGUUGGACCACUGCCAUCACUAGCGGGAACACUCUCGUCCCUGCUGACGCUGCUCUUUGUGUGCCAUUGGAAAAAUCUGAAAAGACCGCACCUUGCUUUGCUCAAGCUAAUUAUCGUAGGUUUCUUAGUGUUCGGUUUGAGUACGCUUCCGUGGCAGCAAAACUUCACCGGACUGGUAUCUGGUUUGAUCUUCGGAACAACCUUCACGCUUGCGCUGACACCGUACUUGAACGUUAGAAACUAUAGUAGGAAAAGAAAGAUAAACCUCAUAUGGACUUGUUUCGUGCUACAUUUCGUGCUGUACGCCAUUAUGUUCCUUAUUUUCUAUCUGUUUUCAUCGCCAUUUUCGCUCGAUUUCGUAGACGGCAAUCAGGUCGCCAGUGUGAGUGACAAUGGCGGUCUGCACGAUCACUUCAAUCCGUAUGACACGUUCAACUAUUUCAACAAUAAACAUAGCGAUAGCAUAGGAUCAGGUUCGGACGGUGGUGGAGGAAGCACCGGUCAACCGAACGGUGGACACAGGGAAUACGAUCGUGGCGGAGGGACGGGAGGAGGCCGCAUCGAUGGCGGAGGCCGUUAUGGAAAUGGUGGCGGUGCUAUCAGUAUGUCGGGUGGGACGAUCAAGAAUAUUAAUCCGAAAUACAAUAAUAUACAUAGCAGUAACACGAAUCAUAACGCUAAAACAAAUAGCCAUAGUCAUAAAUUGGUAGCUAUAUGUGAGAAGGGACAGUGCAAUCCGCGUCCGAAUGCAUGACGUCGAUGUGUUUUAUCGUUUGUUCCCUUGCAGUUGAUUUACAUUCUUUUCAUUCUGGUCAUGAUUAUUGUAACGUUUCACGAUAACGAAUAUAUACUGAUAUACUAUAUAUACUAAUUCAUGAAGAACGCAGGAAAAAUGAAAUCAUGUACACGUCAAAUUCGGUGGAAAACGUUUGUUUG